AUGUACGCCAAGCUCAUCGUCGCCUUUGCCUUUGUGGCCUCCGUUGCCUUCGCCGGCAACGUCAAGUUCGAGGACUGCGGUCACCACGAGGUGGUGAAGCUGAACAUCUCGCAGUGCGCCGACGGCGUGGCCACCUGCGUCCUGCACAAGGGCAAGCCGCUGGCGCUCGACGCGGAGAUGAUCAGCAACCAGGACACGGCGAAAAUUAGCGUCCACCUCAGCGCCAAGGUCGAGGGCCUGGAGAUACCGAUUCCCGGCGUCGACCGAGACGGCUGCAAGUACGUGAAGUGUCCGGUGAAGAAGGGCGAACACGUCCACCUGAACUACGCUCUGACCGUCCCCAAGCUGCUGCCCAAUCUGCACAACGUCGAAAUCGGCGCCAAGAUCAGCGGCGACCACGGUCUCCUCGCCUGCCUUCGCCUGCACGGUGAUCUGUCCAACUAA